AUGGACAAAAAGAACAAGAAGAAAACUGUUAUUAAGCGGAAAAGUGAUGAGCCGGCAGAGGGCGAGAAAAAGGUUAAAGUGAUGGUGAACCGCGCUAAAGUUGAAGAUGAGAAGAAAGUGGAAAUUGUGAAUCAGGUAGUGGAGGUUCCUGUGGAACAGGGGCAGCAAAUUGUUCAUACUGGUCAAUUGGUGGAAGGGAACUUCGAGCAGCCAGUCUUCGUAAACAUGAAGGGGGAACCAGUGCAGCUAGGUCCAAAUACUGUCAUACUAUAUGAGCAAAGUGGAAAUCCAUCAAACUUCUCUUUCGGUGGCAUGUGGACUGUGGACUCAUCGGGGCGAAUUGUUAUGGCAGAGACCAUUUAUGAUGUAAAGGGUGAACCGGAGGAAGAAAGUGCCUCAUUCGUUCAGAAUACUGCAGAAGUGAAUAAUGCGCAUGUGGAAGAAACAAGCAACACAUAUCAACAAUUUGAGUUGAACAGCAACAAUCAAGUAGACAACCAGGAGUAUGAAGUUGCCAUAAUAGAAAAUUCCGAUGUUCAAAGCGAACGGUCAGAUUCACAAGUAAUAACGACAGAGACGCAGCUGGUGUCAUCCGGAUCUGGGGCAGUGCGCUGGUUGAAUCAGAAAUAUGAUUUUGUUGUGAGGAAGCUACAACUAAACUAUGAUGCCGGUGUAAAGCUGUUACACUCUCAGUCCGGGUGCAUUCAGUGCGUCUACUUCACAACACCGAACAUGCAGAUGGCCUUCAAUGCAGUUCCACAGUUUCUGUGCAUCGAGACAGGUAUCGAGUUUAAUACGGCGAUACCAAUGGUGGGUGGUACCGGGAAUCCCAGCAUCAAACACAACGUCACCCUUUUCCUAUCUGAGGAUGGAAAUGGCAAGUCGGUGAUUGUCAGCGGUGGUAUAUCCACAUUAAUAGGAGACGAUUUGACUUGGCUCUUGGAUACGUUCAAGUCCUGCAAUCCAGCAUGGAGGCAGGUUCGCUGUGUUGUCUGCGAUCCAGGCAAGAAUCAACAGUCAGUACGUACGGCGUUCCCAACAGCCCACGUCUCAUGCUCCGUUUGGCAGGCGUCACGCGCCCUGGGCAGGUUGAUAGAGUCCCGCGGCGCCACAGCUGCUUCCGACGAGCCCCGAUACACCGUUGAGGACAUUGCAGCGCGUUGCAAGACGUAUGCGCUUGCGCUGCUGCGCGGGGAGCACACGCCUGCACAGUUACAGGUCUUGAAACGUGGAAUCAUAGGAUCUGUGGCUGGGACAGGUCGACUCUGGGAAAUCCUGAACAGGCCGGACGAGCCACUGUCCAAAUUGGACGCCUGGCUAGAGCAGGACAACUAUACUAAUAUAUUGCAUAAGGGCCUGGAGCGUCUGGUGGGUAAGUUCGGGAGCCUCGUGAGGAACUUUAUGCAGCCGGACGAUUUUGUGUCCCUCUUCUUCAACGUCGCCAACCAGCUGGAGGAGGAGAGGCGGACGUUCGCGCUGAACAGGUUACGAGAUACGGUUACAUUGAAGCAGUCACCCACGGACACAAUAACGCAGUACGCCUACAACCUGAUGAGCCAUCAGACCAAACUAGCCCAGAAAUGUCUGGACGACCGAGCUGGAAGACGACAGAGCAGCGCGGCGAUAUGCAAGUACGGGACGUCCACGCAAGAGUGCUCGUGCCUGUUCAGCAAGGUGUUCCGGUUGCCCUGCAGACAUAUCCUCAUGCUUACCACCGAGCUGAAGGUUAAAACCCACAUACCGUUCGAGCCACGAUGGACGGUGCAACACUGUCUGUUCUGCUGUGAAAACGCCACUACCACACCCGCGACUACUACUGCAAGCAGCGGCAGCUAUAUGGAGCAAGUUGUAGUCGAUUCGGACGCCGCGCGGACUACGCAGCAGCAGCAGCAAAUUCACCCUGUGGGUGGAGUGAGACAACAGCAGUAUGUACUAACCACACCAGGGCAGACUGCUACCCCGGUCUCGCAGGUGAUUUUCUGUGGCGGCGGCGUCAAUAACGUCGGCGGUGCCGCUCCUGUCAUCACAUCAGUGUUGCCACCAGGUGGCGCUGUCCUCACCCCCCACCAUGCGAUACACCAGUGA